UGUAUUCCUAUGUGUAUCUUCAUUCGUAGCUGAUGCAGUUUCGCCAACAGUGGUUCAUUACAGCCGCCAUCUGCAAAUAAUAUUUUUAUUAUUGCUCGUACCGUCCACCGUCGUUGUCGUAGUCGUCGUCCUAUCGUUCGUUCUAAAGUGGUUGAUCUCGUUCGAUCGUCCAAGACGUCGUUAGCAAAAGGAGCUGAAGAGAAGUGAGUGAGUGUCGAUCGCUGCUGAAAAGUGUGCUAGCUCUAGGAAAAACAACAAAGCAAGCCAGAAAUAAUCGACUGAAAGGUGCCAAAAGAAGAUGAAGAUGCCCGACCACAACAUUGGAUGUAGCAGCUCAAACAACGGUUACAGUGGUAACUACAGUGACAACUAUGACUCCGAUCCGGACGGUUACAUCACUCCACCGAACGAGGACAACUCGAACGGCGGCGGACCGAACCUGGACGAGGAUUUUUCCGAGUAUAUGUGGAUGGAGAACGAGGAAGAGUUUGACAAGCAGGAAAUGCAACGACUCGAGGAGGAAGCCCUCAUGGAGCAGUGCAUCGAAGCAAUGCUUCAGGACGAGCUGGACGCCGCACAGAACCCCAGCGGUGACCCGACGCUAGAAGUUGACAGCCCUAAGGAUUUGUGCCAUGCCCUGUCGAGUCUGCAGGUGCAGUCCAAGGAACAGAAGGUCCCCGUUGAGCAGUCAACGUUGAACCCUCUGGCAGCCGAAUUUGUGCCAUCGGUGCUAUCGACAACGUCAGUUUAAAACUGAACCCGUUUGGUGAUCUACAACUCUUUCUCUCUCUAUCUAUCUUAACAAUUCUUCUCUAGCGGUAGGCCAGCAAGCGUAAAGAAUACUCAAUAAGCAAAUACAAAAAAAAAGAAAUCAUUACAAAUGUUCCAUACUCUCACAGUUGUAUCAGUCAUCGUCGUUAUACAUAUAUAGAAACGUUGUUGCAUUUACUUUUCCGUGAAAAGUAAAGUUGAGUAUUGUUGCGGGCGGGACUAACGAAUCGUGAAGAGCUUCUUAGAUGAUGAGCGUGGAACUACUACUGGUGAAAUUGGAAAAGCAAGCAAAGCAUGGAUUAAGAUAUCAAGUUUAAUCGUACACAUCCGUAUGAAUACUUAUUUAGGCAAAUGACGUACAAAACCAAUGUUUUUUAGUUAUCUCUUGAUCUCACCCAUAGUUGGAAAACUUGAGAGCAAGAAAUUACCGAGCUAACAGAAAAAAAAUAAUCAAACGUCAAGCAAGAUAAAAUGCAGCAACCCUAGGUAUUGUGCAGAAUAACAGAAUAAAAUAAAAAAAUAAAAACAAAACAACAAUUUCGUGAAGCAAAUUUUAGGCAAAACAAAAUGGCGGCAUUAGCUAAAAUUAGGCAAACAUCUUUUCAACGUACACUUUUAUCAUUAAGCUUACAACGAAACGGUCUGGUCAUUACAUGCGAAUAACAAUUUAGUGUGAUUCCCCCAAUCCCUGAACGGUAGUCCUUCAGUAUUUCAAUGUUACAGAGUUUGCAAUAAUCCGAAAAUAGUUGAUUUUUUUUUAGUUAGUAGAUAACGACGUACUUCACAACCAAAAUUGGGAUGAACUUGUAUUUUUCAUAAAAUUACCUACUUUGAAGCUAAUUUGACGUACUCAAAAUUUGUCAUCAAAACAAUUGAAGUAGUUCCUUAUUUGUCGAGCGUACUGUAAAUGCCAUUGUAGAAUCACUAUUAUGUAGUUGUUUAGCUCCAGGAAAAAAAAGUAAACGGUAGAAUAUGCUGAAAGUCUGGUAAAGAGUUAGUUAUUAAUUGACAACUACUAUAAUUAAUAGACUAACUUUAACCACACAUUUCAUCAUUCAAAAAGUUUCAAUGACUGUCGAAGUCGUAAAAUGACAGACAGCUACCAACAAAAAUCCAAACUUCUUUGAGAGCCUGCCCCAGCUGCAUUAAUAGAACGUCUGACGGAAUUAGUCUACAAAAAAAAUACAAAUUACCCAGAAAAUGCUGUUAAACCCAUUCUUAAUUUUAUUGUGUUGGACAGUUGCAUAAGAUUGAAACAUCAAAACUCGCAUCUAAAAUCAAUUGUCUACCGAAAACAUGCGCAAAUAAUGAAUAAAUUGUGGAGUUUUUUAUUUCUUCCCAAAAAACAACCUAGUUAGAAGCGGAGAAUUUCCGUUAAAACAAUAACGAAGAAUGGUCUCUUAGGUAAACAACUUGAACGAGCUAGGCGCGCAUCGAGCGAAACCGAACCGACGGCAAGUCUGAAUCCACUUAUAUUGGAUAGAGAAGAUAGGAUUGAAAAUCAUGCUUUAGGAAAUAAUGUUUCAUCCUGUGAUACGUUGCUUCUUGGGGAACAAGAAAAAUUUGAACAAUCUUCCCGUCUUUGAUUUCACUUUCUUUGAGUAUUUUCCAAAUCGGUUUUAUAAGCACGAUUGUUGCAACAGUUUUUGUUCGAAUUGUUACUCGAAACUAUGGAGACGAUUAAUCUUUUUAUUAUUUUAUGCAAUCAAAAAAUAAUAUAUUUAACAACGUGCAAAAUAACAUCGACCCUUGUGCAUUUAUGAACAGCGAACAAACCCAGAGAUGAGGAAAACUAAGAGCAGAGCAUCAUCCAAUCGAUAACAAACAAACAGAAAACAGUUUUAGUCCUUCCCGUAAGACUUGUUUUUUUUUUAAUGAUUGUGAUUGUUUUUCUAUUUAUUUAACAAUAAGGUAGCAGCGCAAAAAAAAAAUAAACAUAUGUUACUUUAAGCCACGUAAGUUCAAAAAUAAGUAUCAACAGUGUGAUAGUAAAAAUAAAUACAAAAAAAGCAUUAAAACUCUUAA